AUGUCGCUCCCUAGUUUCUUCAGCGGCCAAAGAACAAACAUCUAUGACCCAACUUCUUGCUACCUCUGGGACCCCUUUGAGGGCUUUCCCUUCUCCUCCUCUGCUCUCACUAACACCCCAAUCAGUUCACGCGACACCUCUGCUUUAUCAAAAGUUAAUGUCGAUUGGAAAGAAACCCCAGAAGCCCAUGUCUUCAUAGUUGAUCUUCCUGGGCUUAACAAGGAAGAAGUAAAGAUUGUGAUUGAUGGGAGUGUUCUUCAGAUCAGUGGAGAAAGAAGAAAAGAGGAAGAGGAGAAGAACAGUUCGUGGCACAAAUUGGAGCGUACCUUUGGAAAUUUCCUCAGGAGGUUUAGAUUACCUGAGAAUACGAAGAAGGAUCAGGUGAAAGCAAAUAUGCAGAAUGGGGUUCUUACUGUGAUUGUUCCUAAACAAGAGGAGAAGAAGCCUCAAGCUAAGCGCAUUGAAAUCGCUGGUUAAAAGGGGUUUUAGCU